UGGUUUUUGUUUGUCUUUAUAUUCAGUUUAUGGCUAAGAAACAAUCAGCCAGAAGCCACCAAAAAACAGAAUGCCUGUGUUCCAUGCUGCGAGGAACUGAAAAGGCUCAAAAGGGAGCUGAUUCAGAAACUUGGUUUGUUGGAUAUCAGAUGGCAGCGCAAAUGGGGAUUUGCACACAAAUGCAGUCAGCUGCAGAGUCUGGGUCAUCUCUUCACACAGAGCCCUGAGGCCCUGCACAUCCUGAGAGGACACACAAUAGUUUUUACUGACCAGUCAGGGAUGAAUGCCUCAGGGCAUGUUAUGUUAGGAACAAUAGAUGUCCACCAUCAAUGGACAAAGCUCUUUGAAAGAUUGCUGAGUUACCAAAGCCUGUUCCAGCAGUCGGACUGGCUGAAAGAGUGCAUCAGUCACCUGUCGGGAGGGAUUCAGGUGAUCCACAUCGAGCGGAUGGGUCCAGCUGUGCCUCUGGAGGAACACUACAGCACCCUCAACACUUUCCACAAGAGACUGUUGUCUCAGCGCCUCUCUCUGCACCCCCACAGCAUGCAAGGCCUCACAAUGAGCUUGGAAAAUGACCGCUCCACCCCCUGCCUGCAUGAGAAGGGCCACUUCAUCAUCCUCACCAUGUGUGACACCCUCCAGCUGCAGAACUUCCUCCAGAGGCAGGCCCAGGAGGCCCGGAGACGCAUGCAACACAGAGACAAUAUUCCCUUCUAUACAGGUUUGAGGAAGAGGAAGAAGACCUCGUUUGAUUUGCCUGUAGGUCUGUCUAAAGAGCCCAGUGUGUCCAGCAGUCAGAUGAUCCCCUGCUGCAGGCGUCUGAUGGAGGAAAGAUCCCCACAGAUGCAGGGCCUUCAUCUCUACAUCUCUCACUUCUGUUCAGUCAUGCGGGAUGGGGAUCUGUGUAUUCCAUGGGACUGGAAGGGCUGAAACAGAUUGAAAUCUAUCUGGACUUUAUUACUGUGCCUCUCAGGCACAUAGUCACAAGUUUUUGAAGAUUUUGAGAUUUGGUCUAGUGUAUAGGCAUUAUACAUGCACUGAGGAUCUAGUGUUGUGCUUUUGAGGCAGUGGGCCCCAGUCGUGUGAUGCAUGUUAUAACUAAGCACAAUGUUUUUUGUUUAUUUCCAUUUCACAUGAGCAUAACACUUCAGUGUCAUGAUUGUUUUUUUUUU